AUGGACGGUAGUGCAUUUGUUCACCAGAGACAAUACGAACACCUGCACCUGAAUGUAGUGAGUGGUUAUUAUGUGCAUAAAGAUCUCGUGUCGGUUCUUUCCAUCCAUCAACUUGAAGGGGUGCGAUUUCUCUACACACAGCUGCAAGAGUACACGGGUAUAUUCCUGAACGAUGAGUCAGGCCUCGGCAAGUGCCAUCAGAUUGUAGCGUAUCUAUCGGCGGUAUCGGCCGGGGCCUUAGAGCGGUCGAUUAUACUGAGCCGUGGUACCCGUCGGCAUCACUGGUCGUACCAUUUAGAUGCGUUAGCGCCCACACUCGCCACCCGGGUGUACCGGAAAUCGUACGCCGAAGCGAUCGAGGAUCUCGACACGCUACAGGCCACCGCCUGGCAGUAUGUCGUUGUGGACGAAACACGUGGGUUCAUGACCGAUCGGGAGCUGGACGUGCUGCGAUCGCUCACUGCCAGGAAAUACAUCUUUCUCUGCUCCACGGAUCUGCUCGAGUCGUUGGGCGUCCUUUCGGAGCGGUUGGAAUUUUGUUAUCCAUGGGACACUGCACACCUGCGGACGUUGAUCGAGCGGUGCCGCACACGCGGUACUAAACAGCGCCGGCUUAGGUUGUACCUUUGCACGAGGCCCUUUUUGCUGAGGCGCCACGUGCGAAACUAUCGCCGGGUGGUUCCGCUCGUUGGAAGCACGGAAUUUGCAGCCAGCUUUCAUGCGUGGACGUUGGCGAACGAUAUCGUCAUCGGUAGAGAGGUUGAGGAAAAGGAAGCAAGCCCUAAUGAACAGGAGAUCGCGUCAGAACGGGAGCAGAUUCCAGCUGAAUCGAACGGGAGAAUCCCGCCGAUCGAUACUGCCUUUUGUGAGGUUGGAGGGGAGAAGAAACCCGUUAAGAAACCCCCGCUGAAGCACGGUCAGAAUUCAACCAAAUCGAGCAGUGGAUUCGUACCAACCGGCAUCGCCUUUUGUGAGGCUCAAGAGGAGGAACAACCCGCCAGUAAACCCUCCCAAGAGCAGGGCCGGAUUUCACCAGAAGCGAACGAAGAAUUUCCACUCCUCGACAUUGCUUUCAGUGGAACUUUGGAGGGAGAAGCGAGCAAAGAUAGACCACCACAGAAUGUGGGCCGAUUUUCAUCAGAAUCGAGCAUAAUAAUCCCACCAAUUAACCUAAAGAUGACCCCAGAUGCGGAAGUGAAGACGGGACGGAUGGAGCGCAAUGCGUCACCGGAUCGUGGUUCCGAACCGGGGCUUCUCCGUGCAAUUGACAGCGAACCACUGUUCGAACCGAACGAAACAAACACGGAGCUGAUGCCGGAAUUGCGCUUGGAAUCGGAUACAUCGGAAGAGAGAGCGGCCGUGCUAACUGGCGCAUCGGAUGUCACCAUUCCGGAGACGAUUCACAACUCCGAGGAGUUUGUGCAGUGCGCCCAGGAGUUCUCUAGCUUUGGUUCUGCCAACCAACCGGUGUUGGCCACCGACCGAUAUCGCUUUCCGUUGGAGAAGUUCUUCUCGAGUCAGGGCUUGCCGAAGUCAUCCAGCUCGUCGAUAAGUUUCGACAGUCUGUCGAAUGGGCAGGCCCCUGCCAGGGAGGUGGUCAUUAGUUCGUCGGGUUCACAAUCGCUUAUCCCUAAAUCACCGCCCCUGUUUGAGGAAUCCGAUCACGAUACGCGAUCGUUGAGCUUUGGGUCUUCACCAUCAGCCGAUGGCAGCGAUGACGACAUUUUGUUGCUGGAUGAUGUGUCUAAAUCGCUGGUGCCGUGCGCCACGAAGCCUUUACCCGGUCAUAAGCUGUGCCAACCGCAACGCUUCAGUACGCCCAUCUCGAAGCUCAUGUUUGGAGCAUUGGCUCCAGGAACAUCCGGGCUUUCGCAACCCGUGGUGAACGUGUCGUCGGCGGAUAUGUUCGCGGAUUCACCGAUGUCUGUGGACGACGAGAAUGUGUUUGAGAUCACGAAGAACAGCGCGUUUGCCAACCGGAUUCGGGUGCGAGGAGAAGACAAAGGUGCCCCUUUGCUGAGGCUCGACGACGACGACGACACAAGUGGGGACGAUGAUGACGUACAGUUUGUGAAUGAAUCGCGCCCUGACAUCAUCGUCGAUCUGGAAGACGAGCAUGAGGACGCGGGCACCCCGAAAUCGGACGUGUUAAACCGAACGGUGGUUUGCAUGCGAACGCCAACGAGCGGAAGAUCGAACCAAUCCGUUUCACCGGGACGCGGUUGGCUUGGGAAGAGCCUUCGGACGGCGUCGGUGUCACCGGGGAGUGGCAAAAGCACACCGACCAGCAGUAAGCAAUCUCCUCGGGCAAGCAGCAGUGGCGCGAACACACGGAAUGAUGGUGUCCGUCGGGUGUUGCAGGACGUGAGCAGGCGUCGGAAGUUGGAUGAACAGUUUAAGUCCACGUUAGAGGGUCACGGUGUGCGGACGGAGGCAAAACGGGGACGUGAUAGCCCGCGAAAAUAUCCCAAAAGAACGAGAACGAAAGCGCGCUAG